AUGCGCCGUGUCAUCUCCUUUUGGAGUCUUAUUUUAACCGUUUUGAUUUUCGCCGGUGUCGCAUCCGCGGUGAAAACUUCGUUGUGGGAACAACAGCAUCGUGCCGAUUUUGACUCUGGUAAGCCCAAGGACCUCUCACUCACAAGCACCGGAGACGUUACGUUGUCUCGUAAAAUUGAUGCCUUUACAAAAAUGAAAGAGACUCAGGUCUGGGCACUUGUUGAAGAUUCAGCAGGAAACCUCUAUGCUGGGACCGGUAACGAAGGGAAAAUCUAUAAAAUUAGUGCUGAUGGCGACACCGCUGAACUCUAUUAUAAUUCACCCGAAGUUACCAUUUACAGCCUCGCUAUCGGACCAGACGAUGCACUCUAUGCUGGUACAGGACCCGAUGGAUUGAUUUACAAAAUCACUGAUGCGACAACACCGCCUACAACCCUUCUCAAUGAGGGCGACAAAUAUGUAUGGGCGUUGCAAUUUGAUGAUGUUGGCAAUCUCUAUGCCGCAACUGGCACCGAUGGAAAGAUUUACAAAAUUACACCUGAAGGUGAAUCCAGCGUCCUAUUUGAUGCCGAAGAAAAAAAUAUUAUGACCCUCCUUCAGCACGAAAACGGUUUCUAUGCAGGAAGCGGCGACAACGGCGUUAUCUAUCAUAUUAUGGAUGAUGGCACUGCAAAAGUUGUUUAUCAAGCCAAAGAGAAAGAAGUCCGUGCCCUUGAAAUGGAUAGCAAAGGCAACCUCUACGCUGCAGCCGUCACAUCUGAACCCGCCGAACCCUCAAGAGGACGACGCGGGGCAAACGGACCACCUACACCCAGUGGACCGCCGCCACCCGGUGGUGGACCGCCUCAAGAGAAUAAAUCUAACAUCUACAAAAUUCGACCCGACGGUACUACUGUAUCAAUUUGGAAUUCGCCAGCACCCCUUAUUUUAGCAAUCGUGUUGGAAAGCGAUUCCCAAAUCCUUGUAGGAACAGGGAAUAAGGGAAAAAUCUACCGCGUCAACCUAAUGAGUGGAGAUUAUGUCGAAGUCGGAAAAUGUUCAGCUGACCAAGUCGUCGCGAUACAUCAAAAAGUGGUUGAUGGAAGUACUAAAACCUUCUUGGCAACUGGCAAUCCCGGUAAACUCUUUACGCUUACUACCGAUCAUGUUGAGGAAGGAACACUUGAGUCAGAUGUUCACGACGCAAAAAGCCUUUCCCGCUGGGGGAAACUUUCUUGGGAAGGUGAGAUGGCAGAAGGAACCGCGAUCGCUUUCUCAACCCGUACCGGUAAUACUAAAAAACCUGAUGAUACAUGGAACGACUGGUCGGAGGAUCUCACCACUGCGGAAGGUACCCAAGUUCCCAAUGGAGACGCACAGUAUAUCCAGUGGCGCGCUAAAUUUACAACCGACGAUACAGCGAAAACGCCUGUCUUGAAAAAGGUUACCCUCGCUUCUGUGCAAACAAAUGUUGAGCCACGAUUUACAGGUAUUACCAUAGAUGAUGGCAGCGGCAGCGGCAAUCAAGAACCCCGGCGUCGUCCUUCUGGCGGGAACUUACCACCUCCAGGCGCACGAGGCGGAAGUGGCGGCGGAUCCGGUGGUGGAGACGAUGCACCCUCUAAAAAAUGGAAGAUUAGUUGGAAGGUUGAGGAUGCAAAUACCGAUACGCUCCAGUAUACGCUCUACUACAAAGCGGUAACUGAAGAAAACUGGCGACUCCUGAAAAAAGAGUUAACCAAAGCCGAAUUUGAGUGGGAUAUUACCACGGUUGCUGAUGGGCGAUAUAAGGUGAAAGUUGUCGCUACAGAUAAACUGAGCAAUCCAGUCGGUUGGGCGAAAUCCGCUGACAAGAUGAGUAUGCCGUUCGAUGUAGACAAUACCCAACCUUCUGUCGGCGAAAUUAAAGUCACGCCUAAUGGUAAUGGUACUUACAAAAUCGCUUGUGAGGUUACGGAUAUGGCCACGCCUAUCCAGAAAGCCGUCUAUAAAAUUGACAGUGAUGAAAACUGGAAGGCAAUCUUCCCCGAUGACGGUAUCUUCGAUUCCAAGAACGAGCAGCUUCUGUUAGAAACCGGUGAACUUCCCGCAGGCGGACACGCGAUUACCAUUCAAGUGACGGAUAAAGCACAGAAUACUGCAGUCGGUCGUGCUGGUUUCUAA